UAGAGGAGACCGGAGCAGCGCUGGCACCAAAAAACCAUGGCCGGGAUUGUAUAUUUCUUCACCGUCUUGCCGCUUCUCUUUGGGAUUUGCGAGGGGGUUACCGGCUCUCGGGUAUAUCCAGCCAACGAAGUUACCUUAUUGGAUUCCAGAUCUGUUCAGGGUGAACUUGGGUGGAUAGCAAGCCCGUUGGAAGGAGGGUGGGAGGAAGUGAGUAUUAUGGAUGAGAAAAACACUCCAAUCCGCACUUAUCAAGUCUGCAACGUGAUGGAGGCCAGUCAGAACAACUGGUUACGAACUGAUUGGAUUCCUCGAGAAGGGGCUCAGAGGGUUUAUAUUGAAAUCAAGUUCACACUCAGAGACUGCAACAGCCUGCCAGGUGUCAUGGGGACUUGCAAAGAGACUUUUAACCUCUACUACUACGAGUCGAGCAACGAUAAGGAGCGCUUUAUCCGCGAGAGCCAGUUUGCUAAGAUUGACACCAUCGCAGCCGACGAGAGCUUCACUCAGGUGGACAUUGGAGACAGGAUCAUGAAGCUCAACACCGAGAUCCGCGACGUGGGGCCCCUGAGCAAGAAGGGAUUUUAUCUGGCUUUCCAGGACGUCGGCGCUUGCAUUGCCUUAGUGUCUGUCCGCGUUUUCUACAAGAAGUGCCCGCUGACAGUCCGUAACCUGGCCCAGUUUCCGGACACCAUCACCGGGGCAGACACGUCCUCUCUGGUGGAAGUUCGCGGCUCUUGUGUGAACAAUUCCGAAGAGAAGGAUGUGCCAAAGAUGUACUGCGGGGCAGAUGGUGAAUGGCUGGUCCCCAUUGGCAACUGCCUGUGCAAUGCUGGGUAUGAAGAGCACAAUGGAGAAUGCCAAGCUUGCAAGAUUGGAUACUACAAGGCCCUCUCAACAGAUGUUGCCUGUGCUAAGUGCCCGCCUCACAGUUUCGCCAUCUUGGAAGGUUCCACCUCUUGCACCUGUGACCCGGGUUUUUUCCGAGCAGAAAACGACGCUGCCUCCAUGCCCUGCACACGCCCUCCAUCUGCCCCCCAGAACCUGAUUUCCAAUGUCAACGAGACAUCCGUCAACUUGGAAUGGAGUCCUCCUCAGAACAAAGGUGGACGUGAGGAUGUUUCCUAUAAUGUGGUAUGCAAGAGAUGUGGAGCUACGGAUCUGAACCGCUGCCGGUCCUGUGGGAGUGGUGUACACUUCAGCCCUCAGCAGAAUAGCUUGAAAACCACCAAGGUUUCUAUUACUGACCUUUUGGCACACACAAACUACACCUUUGAGAUCUGGGCGGUGAACGGAGUAUCCAAGCAGAAUCCUAGUUCGGACCAAGCUGUGUCUGUCACUGUGACUACGAACCAAGCAGCUCCGUCUCAAAUUGCUUUGAUCCAAGCUAAAGAAAUAACGAGGCACAGUGUGGCACUGGCUUGGCUGGAACCUGACAGGCCAAAUGGAGUCAUCUUGGAAUAUGAAGUCAAAUAUUAUGAAAAGGACCAAAAUGAACGCAGCUAUCGCAUUGUGAAAACGGCUGCCAGAAACACUGAUAUCAAGGGCCUGAAUCCGUUGACUUCAUACGUCUUCCAUGUGAGAGCAAGGACAGCAGCAGGCUAUGGAGACUUCAGUGGGCCCUUUGAGUUCACAACCAACACUGUCCCCUCUCCCAUCAUUGGCGAAGGUACCAACCCCACAGUCCUUCUGGUCUCCGUGGCCGGCAGUGUUGUCCUUGUGGUCAUUCUCAUUGCUGCCUUUGUCAUCAGCAGGAGACGGAGCAAGUAUAGUAAGGCCAAGCAAGAAGCAGAUGAAGAGAAACAUUUGAAUCAAGGUGUUAGAACGUAUGUUGACCCCUUUACAUAUGAGGACCCCAACCAAGCUGUGCGAGAAUUUGCCAAAGAAAUUGAUGCUUCCUGCAUAAAGAUUGAAAAAGUCAUUGGUGUCGGUGAAUUUGGCGAAGUUUGCAGUGGCCGUUUGAAGGUGCCGGGAAAGAGGGAGAUCUGUGUUGCUAUCAAGACACUGAAAGCUGGAUACACAGACAAACAAAGAAGGGACUUCUUGAGUGAAGCCAGUAUCAUGGGACAAUUUGACCACCCCAACAUCAUCCACUUGGAAGGGGUGGUUACGAAAUGCAAACCAGUCAUGAUCAUAACUGAGUACAUGGAGAAUGGUUCUUUGGAUGCCUUCCUCAGGAAGAAUGAUGGCAGAUUUACCGUAAUCCAGCUGGUAGGAAUGCUUCGAGGCAUUGGCUCUGGGAUGAAGUAUUUGUCUGACAUGAGCUACGUACAUCGGGAUCUGGCUGCUCGAAACAUACUAGUGAAUAGCAACUUGGUCUGUAAAGUUUCUGACUUUGGCAUGUCUCGUGUUCUGGAAGAUGACCCCGAAGCAGCCUACACUACCAGGGGUGGGAAGAUUCCCAUCAGGUGGACUGCACCAGAAGCAAUUGCCUAUCGUAAAUUUACAUCCGCUAGUGAUGUCUGGAGUUAUGGAAUUGUAAUGUGGGAAGUGAUGUCCUAUGGAGAGAGGCCUUAUUGGGAUAUGUCCAAUCAAGAUGUUAUCAAAGCCAUUGAGGAAGGGUAUCGGCUGCCGCCCCCGAUGGACUGCCCCAUUGCUCUCCAUCAGUUGAUGUUGGACUGCUGGCAGAAGGAACGCAGUGACAGGCCUAAAUUUGGACAGAUUGUCAACAUGCUAGACAAACUCAUCCGCAACCCCAACAGCUUAAAGAGGACAGGCUCCGAAAACUCCAGACCUAAUACAGCUCUGUUGGAUCCAAGUUCUCCUGAAUUCUCAGCCGUAGUUUCCGUUGGCGAUUGGCUCCAAGCUAUUAAGAUGGAGCGAUACAAGGAUAACUUCACAGCUGCCAGCUACACUACCCUAGAGGCUGUGGUGCAUAUGAACCAGGACGACCUGGCAAGAAUUGGAAUUACCGCCAUUGCACACCAGAAUAAGAUUCUGAGCAGUGUGCAGGCAAUGAGGACCCAAAUGCAACAGAUGCACGGAAGAAUGGUUCCCGUUUGAGCCAGUACUGAAUGAACUCAAAACUCUUGAAAUUAGUUUACCUCAUCCAUGCACUUUAAUUGAAGAACUGCACUUUUUUUACUUCUACUCGCCAUUUGAAAUAAUAAUAAUAAUAAUAAUUAAAUAAAUAAAAAGAUUUGCAGCGUCGAUUGAUAUAUAAAGUUUGCCAGGAGUGUUGCGGGGAGGGGACCUACAGAAAUGACAGCCCGUCAUUUGUGAACAGGCCUGGAACAAAUUGUUUCUUGGAAUAUACUUCUGUGUUGAUCGACAUUUAUGUAAUAUACAUGUAUCUAUAUAACAUCACAUACAAGUUCUGAUGCUGUGUUUGCUGCCAGAUACUCUGCUUAAACGAAGGAAGGUACUGUUGUUCCCUCAACAGCCACUGGGAUUACAAUCAUUGUGUUUGGCCUGUGGGGUAAACCACAGUUAUUCACCUUUUAUUGGAAUGAAGAAUCUUCUGUAUCAAGACACGUUGGCAUAUUCUGAGCAUCAACGGUACCUUGCAAAAACCUUGAGGGGAAAUAUCCUUUUGGCUGAUCAGUGCCUCUCAAUUGAAGAUUUGGCCACUUCCAAGCUGAGACGGAGAACAGUCUUUAUGGAUUACUGGAUUAUUCUUUUUUGGAGGCUGGAGAGUUGCUUGAGGCUUGUACUGAUCAUCAUUUUUGAGCACACAUAAGUCAGCCAUUCUUGACUGUGGAUCUUCCAGACUUCCAUCCUUUUGCCCUUCUAAGAUACAAUUGAUUGUGCAACAUUGAAAAGGGAAAAUGGAUCUUGCUUUCUUGGACUCAGCCCUUCCUGGUGCCCCUGUUGGCCUUGGAGGAUAACAGGCCAGAGACAAAAGCCUUCCAGUGUCCCGGUUUACUCAGCACUGAAGAUGGACUACAUAAGCAGCAUUGCUCCCUGAAGAGUGUCUCUUAGGCUUUCUUCUUUUUUCUAUUUUUUCUUUUUCUUUUUUUGUUGUCAGCAACAAAACUGAAAGAUGAAAUGGCCCAGAUGUGGGCUCUUUCAUUGCCACUUGAGGAAUGUACUGUAUCAAAGCCCUACAGACUUCUCUUUCCUCGCUCCAUUUAUUUAAUUUUUGUGUAAGUGCGUGUUCUCUCUUUUUUUUUUCCUCCUGCAUGUCACUGCUGCAUCGGUAUGAGUGCAAGUAGCAGAGCUCUACAUGUCAUAACGAUGGACGCCAGGGUUAGGUGCCGUAGCACAGAGCCCAGUUCACAAAAGCUGAGACUGUGUGGGACAGUGAAGUGAUCCUUUACAGGGGGGGGGGGGAAGUGUGCCAUUGCGAUAAUAUCGAUAUUUUUUAAUAGAAUGGAAAAUAACUUAUUAUCUCUUCCGGGAAUGUGUGAGUGUGCGUAUGGCCUUGGGUGUGUGCU